AUGGCGCCCGUCGACAGAGUAGACCACGAUGCAAUCGAGCAACAGCUCAAGGACGUCAUCAACGACUUCUACCGCAUCAUGGUCCAAGUCUCAACAUACGACUCCAUGGGCCGCCCCAGCAAAGAAGUCCUCUCGAAUGAAAUAAAAGCCCUCUCCACCUCCCUCCAAAACGUCCACGCCGCCGCCUCGCCCCCGAACCACCUCCCCUCCGUGCCCCCCGAACUCCUCGAAUACGUCGAAAACGGCCGCAACCCGGACAUUUACACGCGCGAGUUCGUCGAGCUCGUCCGCAGGGGCAACCAGCUCAUGCGCGGCAAGGUCAGCGCCUUCGCCUCCUUCAGGGACGUCCUCGCCGAGCAGAUGAGCGCCGCCAUGCCCGAGCUGCGCGACGACGUCCGCCGCGUGCUCGAGGCCACCGGGGGCGAUCCC